AUGAUGUUUCCAGAAUAUUAUGAAAUCGACAUUUCUUGCUUUGAGGUAAAAUCUUAAACUUCUUUAGCCUAAAAUACCUCUACUUUAGACCUUUUUGAAUUGUUAACAAUAAAAUUUCUAAACAUGUUAGGAAAUAGCAAGGAUUAUAAAUUUUUCUUACCCACUUUGAAUAAAUAUGUAAGCAUUAAUGGAACGACAUUAAACAGAAUUUUGGGAAAUAAUAAAAAAUGUGUAUUUGAAUUGAAGCAAAUUCUUAAAUACCUAAUAGAUAUAUUAAUAGAUAAUAACGAAUUAUUUAUUUUAGACGGUAAGACUUAUAACCAACAAGUGAAUAAACUUUAAAUGAAUAAAAAAAAUUAAUUUGAGAAAAAGGAAAUUUUUAUAUAACACUUGUUAUUAGUUUGUUAAUAAAUAUAUUUAUAAUAAGAAAUUCGUUCAAAAUCAGUUGAGGAAUAAAUUGAUAUAUUAAAUAAAGAACUUAAAUAAUUAGAUAAUAAUAAGAAUCUUACAAAUAAUUAAAAAUAGUAUCUUUAACAUUAAUAUUAAUAAUAACUAAUUACAAAAUUAAAAGAUUAUGGCAAAACUAAAUCAAUCCCUCAUGUGAAUUAGAAUAUUGAUGUCUCAAAUCCUGAAUUGGCACUUUUUGUUUUAAAAGAAUCAUUAUUGAGAGACAAAAUCUAGAAUUAUUAGUAACAAGUAAAAAAUAUUCCUUUGGAUUUGAUUCAAUAAUUGGAUAUUAUGGCUAAGAUUAAUCUUGUUUAAAAAUAAGAAAUACAAAUCUUGAUUAUGAUAAAAUUGUUAAUGAUUAACAAUUAUUUAAAAGCUAUCAAGUUCACUCAAUAUUUCAACUGA